AAAAGUGUCAGUAUGGAGUUGACGUGCAAAACGGGGUACUCGUUGGUUACGGGACUAAUUUACAGCUCUGUAUAAAUGACUGAAACCGGGCCAAACACUACAUUGAGUUCGUGUUGUGUCUUGUGAAAACUAUUUUCAAAAUCGUCUAGAAUGAAGACUGCUUAUUUCAUAGUGAUACUGCUCGCCUUGACCUUCGUCCCCAAGCACGCGGAUGCCUGGUGGUUUAUCAGUAACAAGUGGUUGUCUACCGGGAGGGGCUGGGGUUAUGCAUCAAAGAGGAGACUCGACGUGCCGAAUGAUGCAGUAGAUCCAGUAGAGGUAGUGAUGGCAAAUUGGACCUCGAUGAAUUACAACAAUUCUGAUUUUGACUACAAAGAGAAAUUUCUGGAAGCCAUGAAGUAUGAUGCAGAUUUUUCAGGACCCGAUGACGUCAUCACCUCGCACCGUCACGUAUCGAAUGUGAUGGUGAAGAGAUCUUCAUAAUACAAAAUAAUAACAAAAA